ACUGCACUGCGGGGUUGUUGGUGGGCGAGGUUGGCGGUGUGACGUGCCAUGAGUGAAGAAGGAAGAGGGAUCACUGGGGAUGUGGAAGCGUACGAGAUGCAGUGUCUGCCGGCGGCAGAGAAUACGGCCGUGUCUCCGGACGUUACUGACUCGGAGGCCGAACUACUGGAGGACGUUGUGAAGGAAAAGGGGACGGGAGAGAGCGGAGACGAGGGGAAGGGGUCCCUCCGAAGAGGCAUAAACCUCCUCGACGCCACGGGCAUGGUCAUCGGAAGUAUAAUAGGCUCGGGGAUCUUCAUCACUCCAGCGAUUAUCCUGGAAUUGACGGGGUCGUUUGGCGUGUCGAUGUUGUGCUGGGUAGCCGGCAUGAUCAUCGCCGUCUGCGGUGGUCUCUGCUUCUUGGAGUUGGCACUUCUUCACCCGCGGACUGGCGGAGCAAUGGUGUACCUUCUAGAGGGCUUCAGCUUGAAGAACCGCAACAAGUGGACCCGGCUUCUGGGACAGUUGUUGGCUUUCCUAUAUAGUUGGGCCAGCAUAGUAAUAAUUCGACCUGCUUCUCUCUCGAUCAUAUCCCUUGCCUGCACCAGAUAUCUCACACGGCCAUUCUAUCUCGACUGUGAAAUUCCCAAAACACUACUAAAGUGUUUGGCUUUAGCCAUCAUUAUUUUACUCUCUGUCAUCAUGAUACGUGGCGUUAAAAUAAUGGCCAAAAUCAGCACUGUCAUCAGUGCUAUGAAAGUUCUAACAGUUGUCUUCAUCAUUAUUGUCGGAAUUGCUGGAGUCAUACAAAGAGGUCAUUUCUCAGAGUCUUUUCACCGACCGUUCGAGGGAACUCAGAUAUCAAGUGCAGAGAGUGUUGGUAGCAUUGUCAUUGGUCUCUACUCCGUGCUCUUUGCCUACGACGGAUGGGAUGGGAUUGGAUAUUCAGUGGAGGAAGUGAAGAAACCUGAAAGAACCCUACCUCGAGCCACAGUCAUUGGAUUGACAGUGGUCUCUGUCUCCUACAUUCUUGUCAACCUCUCCUUCUUCUCUGUGCUCUCCAGUGAUGAGAUAGCUGGAACUAAGGCUGUGGCUCUGCCGUUUGGAGAAGCUGUGAUGGGCAAAGCGGGGCUUGUCAUUUUCCCCCUGCUGGUUGCUCUCUCUGCAUUUGGAGCGGCUCUUCUGAGUUUUUACCUGGCAACCAGAGUGAUAUUUUCAGGCUCAAGGGAAGGGAUUUUGCCAGAGGUAUUUUGUGGCACACACAAGAAGUGGAAGACCCCAGUAGCAGCUGCAGUAUUCCAUGCUACCUUGUCAUCGGUAUAUCUCUUAACUGGAGAUAUUGCCUCGUUGAUCGAGGGGCAGGCUGCUACCAUAUGGGUCUUCUAUCUCCUCUGCUUUGUGGCCAUUCUCAUCAUGAGAUUCACACACAAAGAAGAUAAACGACCCUUCAAGAUCUGGUGGAUUGUCCCUGUCAUAAUGAUAGUGAUAUCGGUGUUCUUGAUUCUGUUACCUCUGACCAGAGGCCCCGGCUGGACGCUGGCUGCCUUUGGUGUCACCCUCACUGGAGUCCCUGUCUAUGUUGUCUUUGUCAUGGAGACACCCUGGAGACUCAGACCAGUCUUUAUGGACAGAUGGAGCGAUUCUAUAACAAAGCAUGUCAACCGGACUCUGAAUGCCAAAUCAGCAAGAUAAUAUAACUCUUCAUAUCAAUUUUUUCUCCAUCCUUUGAUCAUUCAGGCAAAAUUGUAUUAUGUUUAUUUUGUACUUUUUAUUGUUGUGUGUGACGUAUUAACGAAGGCUUGAUUGCAUGCAGGGGUUGGCACUCUAUCGAUCAUCUGUUGUAUAAAAACGUUUGACCUUAUGACCUUUCCACGUGGGCGAUGCGGAUGAGUGCAGAAAAGAAGAGAGAGAGGAUACUCCACGUUCUGGCGACUGCCUACGGUCACCACAAGCAGUGGCAGGAGGUCCAGGAGAAUGCGCUGGACCAGCUGCACUCCAUGAGCAACCUGGCCAAGCAGCUAGCGGCGCUGGGGGAGUGUAAAGCGGCCGGCCGGCUCGGUUGCCUCGCCUGGUACCCGCAACUUGUCGAGCUGCUGGAGGCAAAAAUCCUCGCUUCCUUCGAGAGAGCCCUUGGGUUCGUGUACAAGCACAAGUAAGUGUGAGUGUUGGCUUUAUAAUUUGGCAAUGGGAUAAUUUCUUGCAGGGAGACAUUGGCAGAUUUGAGCAAGAACCUAAAAUGCAAUUGGAAGGAAUCCGAGCGACUCCUGGCGGAUAUAGUAGGUCUACAGGGAGACGAGAGGGCUCUGUUCUCCACUGAGGUGUCUUUCUCCCUGGCUGAUAUCACGGAGUGGCUGAAGCUGCUCAAUGCUGCAUGUGUCUACGACUUGAGCGAAAAGCAGGUAGCACUGGAUCACAUCGCAUGUACACCGAAUAGCACGGAGAAGGUCUUGAGUGUGUGGAGCAGAAGUCACGUUGAAGAUCUAAUAGAAGUGAUUGAAUGUGUAAAUUACACAGUGGAACAGUUCAAGAAGACAGGCAAUGGCUGAGACUGAAUUGUUGUAACACUCUCUCAGACUUUUUAUGUACACACGCGAACACACAUUUGAAAAUAAAAUCAUGGCCCUAUUUUGGACUGCAUGGGGUAAAGUACUCGCUGGCUUUGAACGGCUUGGGAGGUGUCCAGUUUGCAGAAACGUCUGUCUUUGAUGCUUUGCUUUUGCCUAGUUUGGGAAAUGAGGAAAAGACUUUUCUGAACUUGCUGGGCUCCAGGUCUUUUUCUGCCUUUGAAACUGCCUCCUCCAAGGCAUUCACACGCUGAGUCACCACACUCACAAAUGCCUCCACUUGAUCCACGCGUGCAUACAGGUCUUUGAGCUGCUGUACGUAGCUGUGUAUGUCGUCCACUUUCUCCGCGUUGCAGACCAUGUUGUGUUGCACGUGCUCGAGUUGGGCUCUUGAAUUCCUCCACGCGGAACACCACGCUCUCUACACGGUCGUCCAACAGUUGUUUCUGCAGCCUGCUGUCAACAACGAGAUACUCUGCAAACUGGCGAGCGACGGCUCGAAGAUCCACGGCGUCUUCUCCCUCUGCCUGUCCCCCGACUGCAUCUCUCACCGCUUCCUCCAGACCCCCCGCCGCGGGGUCCAGCUGGCCGCUGUCCUCCAGAUCCAUGGGCUCCGGUGGCUCCGGCGAGCUGCUACUUCUGGUGCUACUCCCUUCACUCAUCUUUCUUGAUCCAAGAGAUUGGGGGUGGGCUUUUGUUA